GACAAGGACCCACUCAGAUUCAAUAAUCGCCGUUAAAAUUCAGUUGCCCGUCUCUACCGUCAUCUCCCCUUCCCUCGAUCUCUCCCCAAUCCUCCAUCCUCGGAGAGAGAUCCCAAUCUUCCUUCCUCUAGAAAAAACAAAGAUGAGCUCUACUCUGUAUGCCUCUGAUUUGUUUAAGCAGCUCAGGUCAGUUCUGGGUCCUUAUCUAGGCGACUCCGUGUCGGACGACGUCGUCCUCGCGAUCACGACCACGUCCUUGGCGCUGGUAGUUGGAUUCGUGGUGUUGUUAUGGAGGAAAACGACGUCGGAUCGGGGGCAGGAGCUGAAGCCUUUGGUGAUCCCCAAGUCCCUCAUGGCUAAGGACGAGGAUGAUGACGUGGAUUUGGGAUCUGGGAAGACUAGAGUCUCUAUCUUCUUUGGUACUCAGACUGGAACAGCUGAGGGAUUCGCUAAGGCUUUAGCUGAAGAAAUCAAAGCGAGGUAUGAGAAAGCUGCAGUCAAAGUCAUUGACUUGGAUGACUAUGCUGCCGAUGAUGACCAAUAUGAAGAGAAGUUGAAGAAGGAGACUUUGGCCUUCUUUUGUGUUGCUACUUAUGGAGAUGGAGAGCCUACUGACAAUGCUGCCAGAUUUUACAAAUGGUUUACCGAGGGAAAUGAAGGGGAUGUAAGGUUUCAACAACUAACAUAUGGUGUGUUUGCUCUUGGUAAUCGCCAAUAUGAACAUUUUAAUAAGAUUGGGAUAGUUCUUGAUGAAGAGCUCUCUAAGAAAGGUGCAAAGCGUCUUAUUGAAGUUGGUCUAGGAGAUGAUGAUCAGAGCAUUGAGGAUGAUUUUAAUGCCUGGAAAGAAUCGCUGUGGCCUGAGCUUGACAAGCUCCUGAGAGACGAGGAUGAUAAAAGUGUGGUAACUCCUUAUACAGCUGUUAUUCCUGAAUACCGGCUGGUGAUUCAUGAUCCUAGUUUUGCAUCUGAGAAACCAAUGGACUUGAAUGUUGCCAACGGAAAUUCUGCUAUUGACAUUCAUCAUCCCUGCAGAGCUAAUGUUGCUGUGCAGAAAGAGCUUCACACACCAGAAUCUGAUCGGUCUUGUAUCCAUCUCGAGUUCGACAUAUCUGGCACUGGUAUCACAUAUGAAACAGGAGACCAUGUAGGAGUAUAUGCUGAGAAUCAUGCUGAAAUAGUUGAGGAAGCUGGGAAAUUGCUUGGCCACUCUCUAGAUUUAGUGUUUUCCAUACAUACUGAUAAGGAAGAUGGCUCACCACGGGGAAGCUCGAUGCCUCCUCCCUUCCCUGGUCCAUGCACACUUGGUACUGCUUUGGCAAAAUACGCAGACCUUUUGAGCCCUCCUCGCAAGUCUGCGCUAGUUGCCUUGGCGGCCUAUGCCACUGAACCAAGCGAAGCCAAGAAACUUAAACACCUGACAUCACCUGAUGGAAAGGAUGAAUACUCGCAAUGGAUUGUUGCAAGUCAGAGAAGUCUUUUAGAGGUGAUGGCUGCAUUUCCCUCUGCAAAAGCUCCACUAGGUGUAUUUUUUGCUGCAAUAGCUCCUCGUCUACAACCUCGUUACUACUCCAUCUCAUCUUCGCCGAGGUUGGCGCCAAAUAGAGUCCAUGUUACAUGUGCACUAGUGUACGGUCCGACUCCUACUGGUAGAAUCCACAAGGGGUUGUGUUCGACGUGGAUGAAGAAUGCAGUUCCUGCGGAGAAAAGUCGUGAAUGCAGUGGAGCGCCAAUAUUUAUUCGUGCAUCUAAUUUCAAACUACCAUCCAACCCUUCAAUUCCAAUCGUUAUGGUGGGACCUGGGACUGGGCUGGCUCCUUUUAGAGGGUUUCUGCAGGAAAGGAUGGCACUAAAAGAAGAUGGAGUCGAACUAGGUCCAUCUUUGCUCUUCUUUGGGUGUAGAAACAGACGGAUGGACUUUAUUUACGAGGAUGAACUCAAUAGUUUUGUUGAUCAAGGGGUGAUCUCUGAGCUCAUCGUGGCAUUCUCUCGUGAGGGAGCACAGAAGGAGUAUGUUCAACAUAAGAUGAUAGAGAAGGCUGCGCAAGUGUGGAACCUAAUAAAAGAAAAAGGUUAUCUCUAUGUAUGUGGUGAUGCUAAGGGCAUGGCGAGAGAUGUCCACAGGACUCUACACACCAUUGUUCAGGAGCAGGAAGGUGCGAGUUCGUCAGAGGCAGAGGCUAUAGUUAAGAAACUUCAAACUGAAGGAAGAUACCUCAGAGAUGUCUGGUGAUUAAUGAUGUUCCUAGUUGGGAAUCUCAGCUUCUUGUUUUUGAGCUUUCUUAAUGCGAAGGCUGUUUUUAACAUUUAGAUAUUGACUUUUUUUCAUUUUCCUUUUAUCUUAUUAUAGUCCAAACAUAUAAAAGGUUUGUGUAAGUGUCUUUGUAAGGAACAAAAUUAUAAGAGAGACAAAAAACUAUACAGUCCAAUAAAUCUUGAGUGAGAAGGUUUUCUUUAUA